GGCUCAGUCCCCGCCGUGGCCCGUGCGAUCUGUCCCAUGUCUGUUCUCUCUCGGCCACAAAAUAAUCAUCAACAGUAUCAGUUCAUCAUCAUCAAUAGUUAAAACGUUUAUUGAACAGUUGUAAAAAAUGGCAUCUAGUGAUUGUGGCACGAAGAAACAAAAAUUGAGCAAUUCCUCGAGCAUUGUUUGCAAUGGAACAGCUCUUACCAAUGGCCACGGGACUAAAACAUUAUCAAUUGUUCAUCCUGAGAUGGGUUUCUAUUGCUUCGAUGUUUUGUAUCAUCAGCUGCAUCAGCUUGAUCCACCAAAAUCACCUGCCUUUAGCAACGAAGCAUUUCCCCUAUUUGUGACGUGGAUGAUCGGCAAAGACAUGAGGUUGAGGGGUUGCAUUGGAACGUUCAAUGCAAUGCAGUUGCACGCAGGGCUCAGGGAAUAUGCCGCUACAAGCGCGUUCAAGGACUCCCGGUUCAACCCGAUAACCCGAGAUGAGCUUCCCCGAUUACAUGUCAGUGUCUCAAUUCUUCGACACUUCGAGGAUGGCGUGGAUUACUUAGACUGGGAAUUGGGGACUCAUGGUAUUCUCAUUGAAUUCCAUAAUGAGAAGGGGAAUAAGAGGACGGCCACGUACCUGCCUGAUGUCGCGGAGGAGCAAGGAUGGGACCAGAUACAGACAAUAGACUCCCUCCUCCACAAAGGUGGCUUCAAGGGCCUAGUGACUCCUGAAAUUCGUCGUAGUUUGAAAUUAAAACGUUACCAGUGUGAAAAAAUAACAGUCAGCUAUCAGGAGUACAUGAACCACUGGCAGAGCCGCAGGUGCUAGCAAAUCUUCAACAAAUACAUUGGCAGCGGUGUACAUUACAAUAAUCCAUUACAUCCAAUGAAAACGAGUCAGGAUUGCUCCUUUCAUUGUUAUCGUGGCUCAAAUCAUUCGGUCAUUUCGCCAGGGUCUCAAGAUUUCAUCCUCCAGGGGACAUUACCAGCGUCAUGCAGGACUGGGUCCAUGAGAUCUGAGGGAAAAUCGUCAUUCGGGGAAUUACGAAUUGCAAUAAUCCCUUUCACUCUGGAGUUGAGGAGUUUUCGGGGAAAUUUAGACGAUACAAAUGACACUGGCGGCGAUUAUUACUUUAGACCUUUCGCUGGUUGAAAUGGUGCCUAUUCCUUACUCAGAAUUCAGUCAGAUUUUUUUGGAAAUUUGUUGUGCGGAAUUUCAGGGAUUGAAUUUUUUAGAUGAAUUGGAUUAUUUUUGGGAUUGGGAAAAAGUCAAUUCGAUUUUGUUUAGUGGGAAAUUGUCUUGGGGCAGGAGCUUUUGGGGAAGAGAACUUCUUCUUGGAGGAGAAAAUUUUCAAAGAAAAAUGACUUCGAGUUAGUCGCUAUCGAGAUAAUUCUAGGGGUAGAAAGAAAAGAAAUUGAUUUAGGUAUGAUUUUUUACAAUGCCAAUGUAUUCUAGCCUCAGAGUAUUUUUGAGAUUUAUUUCGAGAAUUUGGAGAAUAAUUAAAUUUAUGAGAAUUCAGUUUUUUCGAGAGAAGAAACAAUUAUCAGUUGGCGGGAUAGAAUGAAUUGAAUUUGAGAUUUGUGGUUGUUAAUUUUGGUUUUAUCUCGUGAACGAGUGGGUUUAAGAAAAAAUGUUAUAGGAAGUUUUUUGUAGAGGGCAAAAGGUCUAACUAAAAAUAUUUAUCGAUAUUUUUGCGUCAAAUUAUUCCCUGUUGAGAUAAUUUCACUUUUAACAAUAUUUAAAGAAAUAAACGUAUUAAAUUUUUCCAUUUAAUUUUCAAAUUGAAUAGGUAUUUUGUUGAUUCCCUCAUGUUCAUUCAUAAAGUUUUUAUUGGGAUUAAUUUCCAAAAUUGGAGAAUAAUGAAAUUGGUGAGAAUUUUUUUUUUCAAAUAGAAGGAACAAAAGUGACGAAAUUUUUUUUUUUGUAGAGGACAAAAAUUCCAACAAAAUCGUUCAUUUCUUCUCAAAUUCACUCUCAAUGAAAUAGUUUCAUAAAAAAGUAAAUAAUGAAUGAACGAUACUCCUCAAUCCCAAGAAAAUUUCUGCUCUCAAAAACUCGCAAAUAAAAUCUUAAAAAUUGUUUAUAAACUCUUAAAAAAACAAUAGGACAAUUUAAACAAUUGUCUGCUUCCCAGAAUCCAACGAUUCUAUCUUAAAAAAACUAAACAAAACUCUCAACUCAAAAAUUUCAAUCAGAAGACGAAUUUAACUUCAUGAAUUCAUCGUGUGUCACUGUCAAAGCUAGAACUUUCUUUGUCUCUAGUAUAAAUUAAAAAUGUUUCUAUGAAAAUCUGUUGCUUAUUCACGUGGUAAAUACCACAGAAUUAAACCCCUAAAAUCCGUUUUCGAUUCUUCCCAGGUGUUUUCGUUAUUUCAAUAAUAAAUCAUCAAUCAAGAAAAAUUAUAAAAAAUGUACUAGAAUUUCUCUUGAGCCAAUACCAUCGAAUAAAAAUAAUUAAACUAGAUAAAAACCCAUUUUGUAUUUCGGGAAUAAAAAUCAGGGCUGAAGUUUGGCCCCAACAAAUGUAAAUAAACAAAUAAUAAUUUUGGAAUAUGUAAUGAAUUUAUUCGAUGCCAUUGACACGAGAAUUCAAAAUGUUUGAUCAUAAAUUCGACAAUUUUCGUCUCGUUGGGAUGAACAAAUUAAAAAAAUACUUUUCAUAAAAUAAAAAAAUUUAUUCAGUAAUAUUUUACGUAGGAGUGUUAAGAUACUAACAGGCAGACGAUCUCAUUGUGAUUAUUUUAUCAUUGUAAUUGCCAAUGAAUCACAAUACGAAAUGCAGCUGUUGCAUCGAAUUACAUUGAGGCUCAUUCCAGUACAUGAUUAAUUAAUUAAUUAAUUAAUUAAUUAAUUAAAAAUUCAUGCGGUAUUGGUCAACUGAUAUAGAAGAGCAAUCCAAAAAAAUCUAUGAAAUAUUAGCGAUAAUUCGAUUAAAAAAUUUCUCUUCAUUUCCGGAAUUUUGUGCAAAUUAUCUCGAGAACAAAAUUAUAGUUGAAAAUUAAUUUUAAAAAAUUGCACACGAUUAAACCCCUGAAAAUCCGCUUUCGAUUCUUCCCAGAGGUAUUCAUUAAUGCAAUAAUUAAUCAUAAAUCAAGAGAAAUUAUAAAAAAAUUUAUUAGAAUUUCUCCUGAGCCAAUACCAUCGAAUAAAAAUAAUUAAACUAGAUAAAAACCCAUUUUGUAUUUCGAGAAUAAAAAUUAGGGCUCAAAUUCGGCCCCAACAAAUGUAAAUAAACUAAUAACAAUUUUGGAA